CCGAGGCCGCGCCAGAGAGUGCGGGCCGAGAUGCGCGCGCCGCUGCUGCUGCUGCUGCUGGCGACGGCGGCGGUCGGGAAGGUGUUCACGCGCUGUGAGCUGGCGCGGGAGCUGCGCCGCCGGCACGGGGUGCCCGCCGACCAGGUGCCCGUGUGGGUGUGCAUCGCCGAGCACGAGUCGGGCUACAACACGUCCGCCGUGGGGCGGCUGGGAGCCGACGGCAGCGGCGACCACGGCCUGUUCCAGAUCAGCGACCUCUACUGGUGCUCUCCCCCGGGCCGCGGCUGGGCCUGCGGCGUCUCCUGCGCCGAGCUGGAGGACGACGACAUCGCCGACGACGUGGCGUGCGCGAGGCGAGUCUUCCGCGAGCACCAGCGGCUGUCGGGCAACGGCUUCGCCGCGUGGGCCGUGUACCGGCCGCGCUGCACGGGCGUCGACCUGGGCCGCUUCGUGCACGGCUGCUUCGACGACGACGAGGGCGACAACUCUGUCAGCUCGGCGGGCGCACGCGCCAACGAGCUGGUCAAGCGGCGCGCCGACCUCAGGAUCCUCCAGAGGAACAUCUUCCUGAGCCGCUACCUGCACGGGCUGCGCUGGUAGCAGGCCGCCCGGACACAGUGCGCGGCUUUCACUGGGACGAAACUACACCUUUACAUAUGCAUCUGCUGUAAUGAUACAAGGGACUUACAAAAUAUAUUCUGUAACUCCAUUUUCGCAAUUAUUUUGGAGAACCCAGAUUCUUGAACCUUCGACGUACCAUUAGUUGGACAUGCCCCAAUGGAAUUUACUGUACACAGUUUUUUUUUGUCAUCAAGCAAAUAUAUUUUGACAGAUAGUUUCAUGAUAAUUGAUUUUUAUAUUGAAAAAUGUUUUUAAGUGUGCACCAGUUAACUUUCAAGACACCACUGCAAGAAGCAACGAGGCUUCGAGCUGUGACUAUUAGUGUUAAAAGUCUGCAACAGUGUGAAACUGCUAUUAUUUUUACAUAGUAGUUAAGUCAGGUUAUUAGAUCUUAAUUGUCUUUAAUGCGGUUUUCUGGUCUGAUAGGCCGUUUGUAUCAUUUUCCACUAACAGCUCACUCGGCAGUUAAAAGGGUCCAGUGGGUGUGAAUGGAUGAGUUUUGUCGAAUGGGCUUUGCCCUCAAUUUGAGUCGGUGAUGAUUCUGGCGUCAUGUCAUGCCUAGCACCACCUGAGCAUACACACGACUGUAGAUAUGAAGAAGAAUGCAACUCCAAGUGACUUAAUGAAAACAUCAACAUUUAUACUGUGUCGUUAAUUUUCUGUCUUUCACUCAAAUAAAAAUCUGCUGUUUUAUUUUUUUAUUUUUAGAUAUUUAAUUCAAAAAACUCUAAUUUGUCUACGUUAAUAAAGGAAAAAUGUAUGUCAAAUCAGCUAAACGUAAUCUGUUAUUUAAAAUAUCUUGUUUUAUAAAAAAAUGUCUUGUAAAAUGCUGUUCAUAACAAUUUCAUUUUCAUUACUUCAUUUUAUGAUGUAAAUUUUUUUCACUAUAUAGAAUUCCAGAAAUAAAUAUUCCUCAGUUUGUUUCUGUAAGUUA